GUUUCAAUACGAGUCACUCCUUUCACCUUGGAAUGGAUCAUCUUUAUCUUCCUUACACAAAUUCUCAUUCCUGCAUAAAAUAUCUAACACUUCAAUCCAUUUAACUUUCAUUCUCAUCCAUAUUCUCAACUCUGAACUCUAAACUCUAAAACACUUUCAUGCUUCAAUCAUCAAUGGAAGGUACCCUCUUCCCUAAUAGACCAGUUCUUCCACUCCCCACUAAAAAACCAACCCAAGCAUUGAAAUUCAAACCAACAUUUUCACAUUCUCCACCACCAACACCAUCACAACAAUCACAAUCACAAACACAAACACCACCUUCAUUUCCCAUAGAUUCUCUUCUUCAUCAUCUCAAACACCUUUCUUCAACUCCUAUAAUCACUCACACACAAACACUUGUCCCUAAUAACAAUAACAAUAACACCCAUUUCACUUCUCUCCAAAUUCAACUUGAUGAAAAAGAUGAAAAUCUUCAACAGGGUCAUACAAAACGACCCACUUCGUCUUCUGUUGAUUAUAACCAUUUUGAUGAUGUAAAGUUUGGAUUUUUAUCGGGAAAAAGUAAGUUUAUGCUGAAUUGCAUUGUUGGGUCGUCUUUGAAUGACUUGAUUGAGUUUUUCAACUCUGUGAAAGGUGAGUUACUUGAAUCUGAUAUUACUGGUUUGUUGAAGGGUUUGGAUCUUUCUGGGAAUUGGGAGAGAGCUUUUUUGUUGUUUGAAUGGGUUUGGUUGAAUUUUGGGUCUGAAAAUAUGAAGGUGGAUGAUCAAUCUGUUGAAUUUAUGGUUAAGAUGUUAGGUAGAGAAUCACAAUAUUCAAUUGCUUCUAAGUUGUUUGAUAUAAUUCCUGUUGAAGAAUAUUCACUUGAUGUUAAGGCUUGUACUACUGUUCUUCAUGCUUAUGCGCGAACCGGGAAGUAUAAACGGGCUAUUGAGAUUUUUGAGAAGAUGAAGGAGACUGGUCUUGAUCCAACUUUGGUUACUUACAAUGUUAUGCUUGAUGUUUAUGGGAAGAUGGGUCGGGCUUGGAGUAUGAUUUUGGAGUUGUUGGAUGAGAUGAGGAGUAAAGGGCUUGAGUUUGAUGAGUUUACGUGUACCACUGUGAUAUCUGCUUGUGGGAGAGAGGGUAUACUUGAUGAAGCAAGGAGGUUUUUUGAUGAUUUGAAAUUGAAUGGAUAUAAACCGGGAACGGCUACAUAUAACUCGAUGUUGCAGGUUUUUGGGAAGGCUGGAGUUUACACAGAGGCAUUGAACAUCUUAAAAGAAAUGGAGGAUAAUAAUUGUGAGCCGGAUGCUAUUACUUACAAUGAGCUUGUGGCAGCGUAUGUAAGAGCCGGGUUUCAUGAUGAAGGGGCUGCUGUCAUUGAUACAAUGGCAAGUAAAGGAGUUAUGCCGAAUGCUAUUACGUAUACUACUGUGAUAAAUGCCUAUGGUAAGGCGGGAGAUGCAGACAAGGCGUUAGAGGUGUUUGGUCAGAUGAAGGAGUUGGGAUGUGUUCCUAAUGUAUGCACGUAUAACAAUGUUCUUGUGUUGCUAGGCAAGAGGUCAAGAUCAGAAGACAUGAUUAAGAUUCUCUGCGACAUGAAAUUGAAUGGUUGUCCUCCUGAUCGCAUAACAUGGAACACGAUGCUUGCUGUAUGUGGUGAGAAGGGUAAGCAAAAAUUUGUUAGCCAGGUUUUAAGGGAAAUGAAAAACUGUGGCUUUGAGCCUGACAAAGAGACGUUCAAUACAUUAAUUAGUGCCUAUGGUCGGUGUGGAUCCGAAGUUGAUGUUGCAAAAAUGUACGGUGAAAUGGUUGCUGCAGGAUUUACUCCAUGCAUAACAACUUACAAUGCUCUUCUAAACGCUCUUGCGAGGCGAGGCAAUUGGAAAGCGGCCGAAUCAGUCGUUCUCGACAUGCGGAAAAAGGGAUUUAAGCCUAAUGAAACUUCGUACUCACUUUUGCUUCAUUGUUAUUCUAAAGCUGGGAAUGUCAGGGGUUUAGAGAAGGUUGAGAUGGAAAUUUAUGAUGGUCACGUCUUUCCUAGCUGGAUGCUUUUGAGAACCCUUGUCCUUACAAACUACAAGUGCAGACAGCUUAAGGGAAUGGAAAGGGCAUUUCAUCAGUUGCAAAAUAAUGGAUACAAACUCGAUAUGGUUGUGAUUAACUCCAUGCUUUCGAUGUUUGUCCGAAACCAGAAGCUCGAGAAGGCUCAUGAAAUGUUAGAUGUCAUUCACGUAAGCGGGUUGCAGCCGAAUCUUGUGACAUAUAAUAGCUUGAUAGACUUGUAUGCCCGAGUUGGCGAUUGUUGGAAAGCAGAAGAAAUGCUCAAGGAUAUUCAAAACUCCGGUAUAAGUCCAGACGUUGUGUCGUACAAUACCGUCAUCAAAGGAUUUUGUAAAAAAGGGCUCGUGCAGGAAGCUAUAAGAAUUCUUUCAGAGAUGACCGCUAAUGGAGUUCAACCAUGUCCUAUUACAUUCAAUACUUUCAUGUCAUGCUAUGCAGGGAAUGGGCUUUUUGCUGAAGCAGAUGAAGUCAUUAGAUAUAUGAUUGAACAUGGUUGCAUGCCAAAUGAGCUAACUUACAAGAUUGUAAUUGAUGGUUAUAUUAAAGCAAAAAAACAUAAAGAAGCAAUGGACUUUGUGUCUAAGAUUAAAGAGAUUGAUAUCUCUUUCGAUGAUCAAUCUUUAAAAAAGCUAGCUUCUUGCAUUAGGGAGAGUUUGGGGUCUUGAUUUUGUGAAAUAUGCCUUCUUUUUCUCUCUCUCUUUCUUUUACUUAAAUACCUUGGCCAACUACCAGUUCAUAUCUUGCUGGAAUUUUUUAGCAUGAACCAUAUUUAGUCUUUUGGCUACUCCAUUUGUACUAUAUAAUCUUAAUAACUGCAUCAUUCUUUAGAAAGUUCUUCAGUUGCUUCUUGUCCAAAAUUGAUCCUCAGAAAAGUACUGCAUUUGUAUGGAAGGGUCAUCCUCGACAGAGUUCCAAGAAAGAUCAACAUCCUACAUAAAAAAAGUUUUUCACAUCUCAUUUGGCAAAGGUGGUGCUAUACUUGGGCUGUUUUUAAUUCCGUUUUGUCGAAAUGGAGUAUAGCUAUUUUCUGGCUGAAUUUGGAAAUGGCUCAGAAAAAGGAGUUCAAGGAAAUUUGGAAACUUUGUCUGGCUCACCAUCACAUGCUCACCAUCGCAUGUUCAAAAUGGAUACAAAGGAGUAAAGUUGCUUUUGAUUCCUCUCUACUAAAUUUGGUUGAAGUGGUGGAGAUGAUUAAGGUUAGGUGUUGAUAAUGGAUUAAAGCAAGAAGUGAAAUUAAUAGUGUCUUCCUCUGAAUGGUGGUUAAAUCUCAGGUCCUGUUUAUCUUCUUAUUGUACAAAUAGGAUUGAGGUUGUAGCAGGAAAUAAAUUCUAUCUGUUAUAUAUCUGAUGUAACUGUAAGUAAAUAAGUUGAGUACCCUUUGUACUCCAUCUUAAUAAUAUUUCUUUGUUUUAUAAAAAAUAAGUAUCAUUCCACAAAUAAAA